CGCUAAAAGCUGGCUACAACUACAAAAGACGCUCCAGGGAGUCCACCUUGCUUUGGGUCGAGCGCUCAGCUGCAGAGACCGACACAGCCGCCGCUCGGAGCCACUGAGCCGGAUUCAGGUUCAGAUCUUACCCCCUCCGUCCUCAACGCCAGAAAAGUUCGCGUUUUUCCUCCUCCUCCUCCUCCCCGGCUGAGUACGGAUCGCGUUAGAGGCCGUAAUUCGUUUCAAGGCGUAUCCGGAACACCUUCUUUAUUUCCAUAUUUUUUUUAGGGGGCGAAUAAAAAAGGGAAGGAGCUCGUCAUCGGGCGGUUUUCGGCUUUUCAGGUUCCGGGAUGGAGCUGGAGGCCGUGCUGAUGCUGGCCAACUCCUCCACUUUAUUAGUGUGCAUGGUGCUGAAGUUCCCGCAAAUUGUCACCGUCAUCGCUGCAAAGAAUGCGUGGGGACUGAGCGUCCGCAGCCUGGUGCUCGAGCUGGUCGGGUUUCUGGUGUUCCUGACUUACCAAACUUACUAUGAGUACCCACUGGCAACAUACUUGGAGUAUCCAAUCCUAAUUGCUCAAGAUGCUAUUUUAUUGAUGUGCAUUCUCUUUUUCAAUGGAAACAUAGGGACAGCCUUACCCUAUGCAAUACUAUUUAUCAUUGGUUGGCGACUUUUAACAAUCCAUAGGUUAAUUAUAGACUUGGCUAUGAAUCUAUCUACAUAUAUCAGUGCAUUAAGUAAAUAUGCUCAACUUCAGUCCUUGUGGAAGGCCCAGAACUCUGAUCAAGUUAAUGCCUUGACAUGGAGCUUCGCAAUCUACACUACUUGCAUGCGAGUCUUUACUACACUGAUGACCACCCAAGACACUGCAGUGAUUAUACGCUAUGUGGUUAUGUGUUUGUUGAACAUAUGGGUUUUGAUGACAAUCAUCUACUACAGGAAGACUGGAAAGAAAGAAGAAUGAACAUGGUGAGGAGCCGUGUCUCAGCUAGAAUUGCACAGCUGGUUUUCUGGAAGGAAUCAAAAUCCUCCAGAAAACUUCUGAUUGUUUGAUUCUAAUAUGAUGCAAAGACAAUCAACCUAAAUAUCCUCAAAAAUGCUUCUUC